GCGCCUCAAUAAACGCGAUCACGUGAUCGAGUUCUCCGUACUUGACGUUUGCCUCCCUUGAAACGCUGUUCAGCGCUGUCCUCGACUUCUUACUGAUGCUCGACUCUAUGUCAGUAUCUGGCCCAGAACAAGCUUGAGGCAUGCAUGAAGUUUGAACACCGUGACAAGCUAGUCGUGUUGGCUUGGCUGCCAUGGUCGUCGACGUUCAGCCCAGAUUGCCACAUUUAGAAAUAGACCACACCAUGAGGGAGGUAGAGAGCGCAGAGGAGCAAACGGCAGGGGUUUUGGGAGAACAGGUGCAGAUGAGUGUGCGUGCGUGUUGGUCGAAUGGUCAAAUACCGAUGGAGCGAGGACCGGGUUGCCCUUCUUCUUGCCCCUUCACAUCCCGAUGUGUGCGACCAGGACCCCAAAAGACUGUGGCCACCAAGAUCAUCGAAGAUCACGAUGCAUCGAUCUUACGGCCACUAUUGAUCCAGAUCACCUGGACUCCGCGUUGUUUUAAUUUACGUAGAUCUAGCCAUGCCUCAUGGUGUCCAUUGUUCGGUGAAGUUGUGGGUGUCAUCAAGAUGAAACUGGAAGACCCGAACUGUGUAUUCCACCAAUGCGCUGGCCUGCAAGGUUUUCGACGGUACACUAAUCGCAUCGCAUUCUCUUUGAGAUGAUAUGUACUGCUCUGCUCUGAUGGAUGCACUGAUUCUGACGGGAUUUCAGGGAGCCAGCAGCACCAACGAAAGCCCGCGAAACUUCUCGUGGAUCUCCGUGUCUCGUUCGCGCAGGGGCCCACCAUACCUCAUUACAAGUGUGAGAUAUUGUCAUGCCUGCACUUCCAUGGGGCUAGACAUGGAAGUUCAUGUAAGCGGACGGCCUGAAGGGUGCUCUGGGUGUAUUCCUCCAGA